AAAAAAAAAAAAAAAAAAAAGAAGUUACAGGAAAAUCUUCAACAAAUUGCUGACAAAUGCAUUUAGAUCACAUAGUCUUGAUACGUUAAAAAAUUUUCUGAUUGACUCAAGGCUUGGACGCGUAAGUGAGCGCUAAGGCUGGCAAUGUGGUAUGCUGUUAUCACUCGUUUCUUUCGGCGUAGAUUGGUACUAGCUAUUAUUUUUUGUCUUUCCCUGACCUACUGUAUGGUUCGAUUAAUCAGCAAAAACGUAUCCUUGAAUCUUGACGGUGAUCUGUUUCAACCAAAUUUACAAAGAGAAAAACCGAUCAUUUGGACAAAUUCAAUUCUCGAAGACCGAAAUAGGUCCAAUGAUCUUUCAGUUACCUGUAGAAAUUCUGUUCAAGGUAAAGCUCUGAUUGUUGACGAUCGAGGCUUUGUGUGUAUGAGGUCGGAGUUGCUGUGGACAGGGUGUUGUAACAUAGAAGUAGAAAGUACAAAACUAUUCCUCUGCGACACUUGUCAAAAUAACGCUUGUUGUACAAUAUACGAAUACUGUGUGUCAUGUUGUAUGAAUCCAAACAAGAGAUCAGUCCUGGAGAAAGUACUUGCUAAAGCCAGUGGUCACCAGAUCGCGGUUUACGCUACAGUGAAUGAUCAAUAUGAACUAUGUCUGACCAAGUGUCGAACAAAUUCACACUCCGUUCAAAACGAAAAUAAAUACCGUGAUCCAAAAUUGAAACAUUGUUACGGCGAAACAGAAGAACAAAUUUCAAUUCAUAACAUUAAAAACAGUGAUAGUGCUGCUGUUGAUUCUAAUGAUAACAAUGCUUUAAUAAAUAACACCUAAGCCGAAGAGUGACAGUGAUAACGUGAGAUAGCACUUAUGUCUUGUGAUAAGAAAAAAAAACAAAUUGUACAAAUUGC